UCUCCGCGCGUGCGAACCGCUCCCGCGUGUUCAGCAAUCUCCGUCUCCUCGUCUCUCCGCGUGUCCCCGCGUCUCUCCGCGUGUCCCCGCGUCUCUCCGCGUGUCCCCGCGUCUCUCCGCGUGUCCCCGCGUCUCUCCGCGUGUCCCCGCGUCUCUCCGCGUGUCCCCGCGUCUCUCCGCGUGUCUCCGCGUGUCCCCGCGUUAUCCCUGUGUGUCCCCGCGUUAUCUCCGCAUCUCUCCGCGUGUCCCCACCUCUCUCCGCGUGUCCCCGCGUGUCCCCGUCUCUCUCCGCGUGUCUCCGUCUCUCUCCGCGUGUCCCCGUCUCUCUCCGCGCCUCUCCGCGUGUCCCCGUCUCUCUCCGCGUGUCCCCGUCUCUCUCCGCGUGUCCCCGCGUGUCUCCCGGGUGUCUCCGUCAUGGCGGGGGAGGUGGUGGUGGACGCACUGCCCUACUUCGACCAGGGCUACGACGCGCCGGGUGUCCGCGAGGCGGCCGCUGCGCUCGUGGAGGAGGAGACGCGGCGAUACCGCCCGACCAAGAACUACCUGAGCUGCCUCCCCCCUCCCGAGCUGAGCGCAUUCGAGACGGAGAUCAUGCGUAAUGAGUUUGAGCGUCUGGCUGCCCGACAACCCAUGGAGCUUCUGAGCAUGAAGAGGUACGAGCUGCCCCAGCCCCUGGCGGGCCAGCGGAACGACGUGUCGGCGUGGCAGGACAGCGUCGCCAACUCGUGCGCACAGCUGGAGCACCAGGCCGAGCGCAUCCUCAACCUCACGCUGCUCGGCUCGCACGGCACAAACGCGUGGCGCGCGCACACGCAGUUUCUGUCUCAAAUGGCUGAGCAAGCACAGAAGGAGCUGCAGAAACUGAGGAAGGACAUCCAGGACAUAAACUGGCAACGCAAGAGCGAGCAGCUGAGCACCGGGGUGGAGCUACGGAGGAUGGAGACACAGUGGGCGACCCUGGUGAGCAAGAAUUAUGAGAUUGAGCGAGCGGUGCUGCAGCUUGAGGCGGAGGUCGCCUCGCUCAAACAAAAACAACCGCAACAAGCACCGCAACAAGCACCGCAACAAGCACCGCAACAAGCACCGCAACAAGCACCGCAACAAGCACCGCAACCACAAGGCGAGGAGGAGGAAGAGGAGAAGAUGGCACCCUGACCCCUUCAUGACAACCACGCUCAUACACCAUGGCAACCAAGCAACACCCACACACGACCCACUGUGUCUGUGAUAACCAUGCAACACCCUGUCGCCGUGGCACGUGCACAACACCGAGACGUCACUGUGACCAGACAAAGUGCACACACCCUGUUGUCACCAUGAUAAUCGCACAUCACCUCGAUGUCUCCAUGACAACCACACAACACCCACAUACCGUUGUCACUGUGGCAACCACACAACACCCCAAAUUUACCGCACAGCCACACAUCAACCAUCAUGGGGCGGUCCCCCCCCCCUUGCCAUCACGCCGUCACCGCACCAGAAUAAACACUGACACUCA